AUGUCCUCUACCACCGACCCCCUCACUCCCGCUUCCCUCGUCGGUCACGUCGGGAACCUCACUCUCGACGAUGAAGGACCGUCCCUCGCGGCACGGCUACAGGGCCCAUCGCGCGGGUCAAUUGAUCAAGGAAGGUCGUCAAGGGCGUCGACUCGGUUCGAGGGGCUGGGAAGGGAAGAGGACGAUGAUCUGCGAUCCGCUCCUUUGGGGGUCAAAGAUCCUGAAGCUCAGCUUCGCACCUUCAUUCAGCACCUCCUAUCCUCAGAUCAUGCCGAUUCAGACCCCCAUCUCAUCGCCAUCGGCUACGAGCUCGAAGCGCUCGAAGCCAUGUACCCCAGCGCCCUCAAACUGAGCGUCACUUCCCGUCCAUCAUCCCUCUACUCUGGCUCACCACCUACCGGCCCCGGCUUAGAAGCCGUCUCUGCGGCACUCGACAAGCGGUCUUCGCAGUCGUGGAAAGAUGCCGUGUUUGACGCGUCGAUCUGGACACCGGGGGAGCGGAUACGGUACGAGGUGGUCAUUCCUGUCUGGGAUGAGGGGGAUGUGCUGGACGGCAUGAAGCUGGAGGAUAUGCCGAGCGAGGUACCGCACAUGCGGGUAUUGGUGUCCUUGCCGCCAACGUACCCCAACUCGGCACCUCAGCUGCAGCUGCUCGGGCGGUACAUGGGGAGCUUCGGGAUUGAUGCGGGUCUAUUCGGCGAUAUCACUCGGACAUUCAUCACUUCGUCCGCUGUACCCUUCGCUCCCGGAGACGUCUGCGUCUUCGAAGGCCUCAACUACGUCCGAGACGUCGUUCGAAAAUGGUACACCGAGCGCCUCUCCGAAGGUGCUGAAGGUGAACGGACGCGUGAAGUGGAUCGUCAGCGUGGUCGAGACGGACGAGCGAUGAACGACUUCCCCACCUCCCCUAGUCGCCCUUUCCACCGCAACGGCUCCCCCGACCGCCUCCCCUCAACUUCUCAUCCCUCCCACCUCGGCCCAUCCCCUCUCGCCUCCUCGUCCGUUCCCUCCCAGUCCCGCCCGACGGCCCGACCCACCUUCUCAUACACCCGAGAUCCGGCAUCUCACGGUUCGGGGCCGGAAACGCCCGCGGCGGUGCACGAGGCGGAAGCGGGCCAUUUCCCUCACUUUACGAUCCACGUCUCGGCGCCCGUCGUAGAUCGUAAAUCUACCUUCAUUGGGCAUGCGAUCCGAGUGACGGACGAGAGGGAGGUGCCGCUUGUUAUUCAUGAGAUAUUGAGUGACAAGAAGGUGGCUAAGGCGGCGCAUCCGGCGAUGUUUGCGUAUAGGAUCACGAAGGAUGUAGGGGGAGUGGCGGGCAAGAUCAUCCAGACAGAUUGCGAUGACGAUGGCGAGUCAGCAGCUGGAUCCCGAAUAGCCCACCUUCUGGAGAUACUGGAGGUCGAGAACGUCCUCGUGGUCGUUUCACGGUGGUAUGGCGGGAUAUUGCUCGGGGCGGACCGGUUCAAGCAUAUCAACCAGGCGGCCAGGGAUGCGUUGGAAGUUGGAGGUUUCUUGGCUGAGAAGGAGGUCAAGGAACAUAAGGGCAGGAGAAAGUGA